AUGGGCGACUUUUUCCAAUGUCUAUGUGGAAUUCAUGUUCACGUAAGUUGACGUCAAUAUUACUUUAGCUACUACAAUACAAUCAUAAUUUAGCUAGCCACCUUCAUCUUUGGCUUGGUAUUUGUAGUGAUAUCACCUGUUAUGGCAACAUGUGGCUUCUUCUUGUCCAUGUAUGCCUUGCUAGUGAGUAGGGCCAUUGGUACUAUAGCCAAUGUGUUCAUAUUGUUGGGUAAUCACCUGCCAGUCGGAUUGUUCUACAUGAUUUAUCUCAUUACUAACGUGAGUUUUUUAUGGAAGUGAGCGUUUACUAUUAGAAUAUAAUUCUUGGUUGAUAAGAAUAUAAAUCUUGUGUAACCCAAUUAAAUCAAAAUUUUAAAAUUUUCUUCCUUCAGGGCAUUUCCGUGUUCAUAGAGAUCAUCUAUGUGGUUAUCCUCCUCCUGGCGUCGUUUGGCAUGGCCCCAAUGAACGGCUUCACCGGCCUCUUCCUAGCCCCCAUCGUCCAACAGAUUGCCAUCCCUCUGCUGAUCGUGCUGGUGGUGAUGUGCGUGGUGAACAUCUACUCAAUGUGGGUUUCUUACAAAGGACUAGCGUUCCUAAAAUCAAAUCCCAAGGACCCCAAUAAUUUUAACAUGGCUUCGAGCGUAUGAGUACAUGCAAGCCCAGCCCCCGCCCAAAGUCACCCUGAACACCGCCGCCAGCGAAGAAACCAUACCAUUGAGACAGGACAGCGUGCGAACUGUCUUCUUGUAA